UGUCACGAAUCUUGGUGCAAAUUAAAAGGCUAAAAUCAUGUUUCUUUUAUAUCCUAUCACCUAAAUUUAUUUCACUUUCAACAUAAGAGCAUGUACGAGAUCAAUAUGUAAAAGUGAUAACUAGAUCUCUUGGUUGCCCAACAACAAAUUAUCAUAAGAACGUAGAAGAAAGGGGGCCCAAAUCAUGCCAAAGAAGUUGGUCUCUAUAUAAUAUAAAAUGGUAUAUAUGUUAAGUAAUUAACAGAAAUGCAUGUAUGAAUAAACAUGUUUUCACUCGUAAGAUCAUCAAAUCUAUGAGUGUGGAAAUCAGUAUGUCUAACGAUGGACCAAUAUUUUAUACAUAAUCUAGUGCAACAUGAUUCUAUAUAUCAACACGAAAAUACUUCAUUUUGUAAAAGUCAAGUGGUUAUUUUAUAGAAAAAGUCCACUCUUUGAUAGAGAGAGCGCCCAUUUGAUCACUAUAAAAACUACCAUUAGCCUAAAUAUCACAUCACCUCGAAAAUUAAGUGAAAAAACCUAACAAUGGAGUCUCUAUUACCACAAACACAAGUAAUCGAUCCCACAACGAUGGCUCUUCUCAUCACCGUCUCUCUUCUCUUCAUAGUAUACCUCAUCUCGAGAUGGCGUGAACCGCUCUACCCUCCUGGUCCCAAAGGCCUUCCCAUAAUUGGAAACAUGCUCAUGAUGGACCAACUUACACACCACGGUCUAGCCAAGCUGGCCGAAACAUACGGGGGCUUGUUCCACCUAAGAAUGGGGUUUCGCCAUGUGUUUGCCAUCACAUCACCCGACGUGUCCCGACAAGUUCUCCAAGUUCAAGACAUCAGCUUCUCCAAUCGGCCCGUGACAAUAGCCAUAAACUACUUAACCUACGACCUAGCCGACAUGGCUUUCGCUCCUUAUGGACCCUUUUGGAGACAAAUGAGGAAAGUAUGUGUCAUGAAGGUGUUUAGCCGUAGGAGAGCUGAGUCAUGGGCCUCUGUCCGCGACGAAGUAAACAAGAUGGUCCGGUCUUUGUCUAGCAACGUCGGUAAUCCCGUGAACGUUGGAGAGCUCAUUUUCACUUUGACACGGAACAUAACGUACCGAGCAGCGUUUGGUGCGGCAUGCGAAACGGAACAAGAUGAAUUCAUAAGGAUCUUGCAAGAGUUCUCAAAGCUAUUUGGAGCAUUCAACGUUGCGGACUUCGUACCGUUCCUAGGCUGGUUCGAUCUGCAUGGGAUAAACAAGAGGCUCGUUAAGGCACGUAACGAUCUUGACGGGUUCAUUGAUGAAGUAAUCGAUGAGCAUAUGAAGAAGAGAGAGAUUGUGAACCACGAUGAUGAAGAUACUGAUAUGGUGGAUGAUCUACUUGCGUUUUAUAGCGAAGAAGAAAAGUUAGUGAGCGAGGAUUCUUCAACUAAUCGAAAUAAGAACUCCGUCAAACUCACACGUGAUAAUAUCAAAGCGCUCGUCAUGGAUGUUAUGUUCGGAGGAACAGAGACGAUGGCGUCAGGGAUAGAGUGGGCUUUGACGGAGCUCUUACGUAAUCCAGACGAACUCAAACGGCUCCAACAAGAACUCGCCGAGGUCGUGGGUCUUGACCAGCGCGUGGAUGAGACGCACCUCGAGAAACUAACUCUCCUCAAAUGCACACUCAAAGAAACCAUGAGGCUCCACCCACCGAUCCCACUCAUCCUCCACGAGGCCAUUGAGGACACGAAACUCCAAGGCUUCUCCGUGCCUAAAGGCUCGCGAUUGAUGAUCAACGCCUUUGCUAUCGCUCGUGACCCGAAACUAUGGGUUGAACCUGAAGCGUUUAAGCCUUCGAGGUUUAUGGAACCGGGUAUGCCUGAUUUCAUGGGGACUAACUUCGAGUUUAUACCGUUUGGAUCGGGUAGGAGAUCGUGCCCGGGAAUGCAGCUUGGGCUUUACGCGAUGGAGGUUGCUGUGGCUAACAUCAUUCAUACUUUCAAGUGGCAGUUGCCCAAGGGGAUGAAACCGAGUGAGCUUGACAUGAGCGACGUCAUGGGACUAACCGCUCCCAGAGCCACACGCCUCAUUGCCGUGCCUAACAGGCGCCUCACUUGCCCUUUCUAACUAACGUUUCAAUGUGCAUCAGUUUUGAUUUUCUGUUAAAUCUUGGUUUAUCUUGUGUUUUACCUCGAAUGAU